AUGGAGAGGGGACUGUCGGAGAGCCAUCACAAAACCAUCAACCUUCCUCGGAUUUUCAACGACUCAAUUUAUGGUCAAAUAGAGCUGGACCCUCUUCUGAUGAAGGUCAUUGACACUCCUCAGUUUCAGAGACUCCGACACCUCAAACAGCUGGGAGGAACCUAUCUGGUGUAUCCAGGCGCCACUCACACGCGCUUCGAACACUCACUUGGGAUGGCAUAUUUAGCAGGACGUAUGAUCGAUGUUCUGAAAGAAAAACAGGAUGAUCUCGGCAUUGAUGAAAAAGACAUCCUUUGUGUCAAAAUUGCUGCUCUGUGCUACAAUUUAGGCCAUGGUCCAUUCUCUCAUCUGUAUGAGCACUUCUACCGCGAAGCCCUAAAGCAGGAGGGUUACACAGGUGACACUGGUGGCUAUGGAAAGCGCAAACAAAAGGAUCAGUCAAAGACAGGAAAAGGGUUAUAUUGGAAGGAGGCAUCAUUCUUGAUGCUUAAGGACAUAUUAAAGAAUGAGGAACUGAAGGAAAAACUACUACUGAACAAUGAAGAUCUCACCUUUAUUAAGGAGUUGAUCGAUGGGGUUUUUACUUCAAAUGAAAAGUGGCCAGCGAAGGGCAGGACUCAGGACAAGGCUUUCCUGUAUGAGAUUGUGAUCAAUAAUUGGAAUGGCAUUGAUGUGCACAGAUGGGACUAUUUUGCAAGAGACUGUCAUCACCUCGGCAUCCCAAACAGCUUUGACCAUCAGCGUCUGCUGAAAUCUGCUCGAGUGUGUGAGCUGAACGGGAGAAAGCACAUCUGCUUCAGGGACAAGGUGGCAGAUAGUGUUUAUGACAUGUUUAAAACCCAGUACGCUCUGUACAGCCAGGCAUACCAGCACAAGAUCGCCAAAAUCAUUGAAGAAAAAAUCACAGAAGCCCUCACUGCAGCUCAAGACAAGCUCACCAAGAUCUCACCGUUUACGGACUGCCCUUCACCAGACGAUGGCCAGAAGAAGAGGGCAAGUGGCUCACAGAAGCGGAAGAUAGCAUCUGACGACGAGAGGCUGGCUAAAUUGUCCAAACUCACAGAUCACAUCUUUGAGGAGAUCUUGUACUCCACUGAUGUCGAGCUGGAAGGGGCCAGAAAGAAACUUGAGGACGUUGUGAGACGCCGCCUGCCAAAGUGUGUGGGAGAGACCAGAAUAACAGAAGCUGAAUUCAACAACAAACAGCUCUUACAGGAUGAGUGGAAUGAAGCGGUGGACGAAUGGAACAAACUUCACCCAACUGUGUUCUUGGAAAAGAAGGAUUUCAUCGUUUGUGUGCUGCAGCUGGACUGUAGUUACAGCACGGGUAAAAAUCCAUUCGACAGUGUCUAUUUCUACAGGAAGAGGAACCCUACCGAAGUAUUCAAGAUUAAGAAAUAUGAGGUGUCCAGUCUGAUGCCUGAGGCGUUCACUGAAUAUGUUGGUAGGGUUUACUACACAGAAAGCUCUGAUGAGGAGGAGAAGGACGCUAAGGAGUGCUUCAAAUGGAUGGGUGUAGAGGCAGCGAGCGCGUGCCCGUCUCUGGAGCGCUGCGGCAUUAGACAGGUCCUCUCCUGUGAGGUGCGCAGAGGCGUCUGGCAGCUCUACGAGGGUCCCGGAUACAGCGAGCCCUGUCACCCGCUGGAGCAGAAGAGGUACCGCAGUCCUGCAGAGUGGGGCUCCACCGAGUCCAGCGCUCCUGUGCUGUCUCUCAGACAUGCAGAAGAGGCAACUACCGUCCGUUUAUCAUCAAUGAACUGA